UUUCAUGCAGGCUGUCUUCCACUCUUUCCGUCUCAUUUAUGAGCUAUAAGUGACAUAUUUCAGUGUUUGCAUAUUCGUUUGUUCCUUUAUUUUUACAUACAACUCAGCACAUUUUUUUGUAGCCGAGUAUUCGACAACCGCGACAAAGAAUGAUCGACUUAAAAUUUUAAUUAUACUCUAUUUGAUUUUAUAUCUUAGUACGAAAUAUUCGUGCGUUAUCGUAUUAUUUUGACUUGGCUGAGAUGUAUUAUUCUUGUUGUUUUUUCUGUACCUGCGCACGCAGUGACACGAGAGUUUGUGUCGCGUGGGUAAAGUUGCGCGCGGAGCUCCAGUGCUUGUGAAUCACGAUGUGAUGAACACGGAGGAUCGUUUAAUGAUAUCAAACUCAUCAUAUCACAUGAACAAGGAUCAUCUCAUCAGAUCAAACACAUCCGCACAAGCCCCGGUGCCGCCGAACGGAUCAAACGAUGCUCAACCGAAAGCUGAAUUCACAGACCUGAUGAUGAUGAUGAUGAUGAUGGACGAAGAGGUGAAGAACUAUUAACGGAGAAGAUGGACGCGAGGAGUUUGAGUGUUUUGGAUCGUCUUCUCCUCACACACUCCAUAUGGUUGCAGCUGUCAAUCAACCCAGACUCCGCCCACCAGAUCCUGCAACGAGAGAUAGUUGGGACGUUUCUGGUGUGUAAGUGUAGUGCCUCCCACAGGAAGGUUUUGUGUGUGCGGCUGCAGGAUGGAGGAGUGUCACAGUAUCCAAUCCGUGAGGAAGACUCCACAUUUUCUCUUGAAAGUUCUGCCCUGAGCUUCCCUGAUCUCUGCAGACUAGUGGCAUUUUACACCAUUAGCAGAGAUGUAUUGCCUUUCCCACUUGAGCUCCCAGAUGCAAUUAUACAGGCAACAACACACACCCAGCUGGAAAGCAUUUCACAUUUGGGUUUAGAGUUCUGGAGCUCUCAGACAUCUCCUGGCCUUCCUAACGGCCCCCCUCCACCCUCAGUGCCACACCGGACAUUCAGAUUGAUCAGCCCAUGUUUUGUAAACCCCCUGUUCCUUCAGCCUCCCCAACCCAGCAGAUCUGCCUCACACAAACGGCACCGCUUUAAACGCAGCCUCAGGGUCCGUGUGUCCAAUGAAACCUCUCUCAGCUUGUCGGGUGGAGAAUCGGACCUAACCCAAGGGGAGACACAUGGACAGAAUUCCAACCAGGGUGGCCCGAGACGAACGGGAGGAUUAAGCUUACUCAGGAGGACCCCGGCACUUACUCCCACUUCACAAGAGGAAGAUGAACAGAUGUUGGGAUAUAUACCACCUAGUAAUUCCUUACCCCAGCAAGGCAACACUGACCUCAACAAAGAUACUGAAGAUGGUGAGGUGUGUCUGGCUUUGGAAAGGACUCGAGCUCCUUCCCUUGCUGAAUUGGACAGCAAUAGUUCCUUCAGCAGUCUGGAGGAGGAGGAAACCCAGGCGGACCUUGACCACCAAUGGCCACCUGCCGCACGUGGUGCCCGUUUUCCCUCAGCAAACCCCACUUCGACUCUGCGCCGCAUGACCGCAGCCUUUGUUUGCGUGUUCGCUCCUGAGCGCCGAGUUGCCAGAUUGGUGGAUGAACUGUCGUGUGACAAACGCUCCACGUUUGGGUCGCUGGUGCAGGACUUUUUAGAGAAGCAGAGGCAGGAGAUGGAGGCCUCAAAGCAUAGUUCUGCUGUGGAGCUGCUUCAGGGGAUGAGAAGAUUUCUGUCCCAAGCCAAAAGUCUCCUUCUGGAAGCAGGAGAAAUAGAACCUCCAAUUGAGACACUGGUGCCUGAGAAUGAGAAAGAUCUUGCCCUGGAAAAGGCUCUGUUUGGCUGCGUGUUGAAGCCGUUGAAGGUUCAGCUGCAGCAGACGCUCGUUUCCCUUCACACUAAGGACGGCUCCUUACAGAAGAUCACAGACAGCUUGCUGGCCUACCAGGAGGGCGCACUGGAGCGCCUGGCUGUACGAGUCGGCGUCCUGGACGUUCGCAGCAUGGACAGAGCGAAGGCAAAGCUCACACUGAUGCAGCGCAGCCAUUCGCCCAUUGACAAGGUGCUGCUUCUGCUGCAGGUGUGCAAGAGUGUGUACAAAGCCAUGGGAACACAACCUGAUCAGGACGUAGGGUCUGAAGACUUCCUACCAGCGCUGUCCUACGUGCUAGUUCAAUGUAAUAUCCCACAACUGCUGCUGGAGACAGAGUACAUGAUGGAGCUGCUUGAGCCGUCAUGGCUGACAGGAGAAGGUGGAUAUUAUUUGACGAGUGUGUAUGCCAGCCUAUGUCUGAUCCAGAGCAAGCCUGGGGCCACGCCCACCUGCAGUAUAACCAAUGAGGCUCAAGAGUACUUGAGGGAGUGGAGCAGGAGGCGGGGCCAAGAAGCCAAGACCCAGAAAGACAAUCAGCUGAAACAGAGGUUUGUGCGAGUGUUAUUCCAGGACGACUGUCGUAGUGGAGUGCGAACGCUCCUCUGGAAGACGGGGGAAAAUGUCGAGGCUUUAGCCCAAACCUGCGCCGGUCUGUUCGGCGUGACGGAGCCGCAGCACUACUGUCUGUUCUGGAGGAAUGAAGGGGAAAUGCGUCCUCUACCGGCCCAUAUUCAGCCACAUCAGCUGGGCAUGCAUGAGGGAGUGUCGCUGUCUUACCUCCGCUCCGAUCACGACUUCAGCAAGAUGCGCAGACUGACCAGAGGAGGCGCUGUAGAUCUGGGCGAGUCGGUGUGUGAGGAGUGAAGAGACGCAGGUGCACUAUGUGACUUUUACAUUUAUAUUUGUUGUCACAUCGGUGGCAAGAGGAUUAUGGAUGUCAUAAAGUAUUUGAAUGCUUUAUAUGUGUUCAGUUCUAUGGAUGAUGGUGAUUAUUUUUGUGUGUGUCGCUUGUAAUCAGAAAGCACAAUAGCAUUUCAAAUGAAUCGAAGCAAGAUACUUGGUAAUAAUGCAAAAAGCAAUAUCUGCCAAACUGUCACUUAUCGAUUGGCUUGCAGAGGUGUGCAUUGCAGAGUAAUACCAAAGUGUUGACUAUACACAAAAAAAAUCUAAAUAAAAAUGAGUUAUGUUAAACAGUACAUCAUAUAUGUGCACAUCUGAGUAACGGCACUGUGUCUGCACUGGACGCAUGUAGCAUGCUGCAUUGAAUCACUGGAGCUGUUUACACUGGACGAGUCUGACGCCGUGCACUUUCACUUCAUGCUUUCAUUCAUCUGAAAUACAAAAACUUAUUUAUAAAUAUCAUAUGUGUUAAUUGAUAGAUUUUUUUUUUAUUCUACAUUGGUGCCCAUAAGAUUACAUAAAAAUCUGGAAAUUAUUUAUUGAUUUAAUUUUGGCGUGAGAUUAUACCCUUAAAAAAAAUCACAAAAAAUCCAGACAUUUAGAUUUUUAUUUGAAGCUCCGUUGUAGCCCGAGAUCUCAAAUGCAUCAACUUCACUGAAAUUGCUGAUUCAUUUAUUUUUAAUAAACACGUUUUAGCAAAUUAGAGAAAUAGGCAAAUAUGAUUAUUUCAUAUAUAACGUCUAUUUCAUAAAUACAUUUGUAUACCAGUUUAUUUUGUUAAAAUACGUAGUUGUAUGUUUACCAUUCGAAAAGGUAAAGGUAUUUUAAUUUUUUAUCUCUUCUGCUCACCAAGGCUGCAUUUACGUUUUAAAAAAUACAGUAAUAUUUCUGAAAUAUUAUUAUGAUUUUAAAUAACCGUUUUCUGUGUGAAUACAUAUUUAAGUAUAAUUUAUUCCUGUGAUCAAAGCUGUAUUUCCAGCAUCAUUACUGCAGUCCUCAGUGUCACAUGAUCUUCAGAAAUCAGUGUAAUAUGAUAAUUCACUGCUCAAGAAGCAUUUCUGAUUAUUAUCAGUGUUGAAAACUGAUUCAUAUUUUUGUUAAACCUUAAUUUUUCUGAAUUCUGAAUAGCAAGUUAAAUAGAGCAGCCUUUAUUUGAGACAUAAGUGCCUUUAGUGUCACUUACGAUCAAUCCAGUGCAUCUUUGCUGACAAAAAGAAGUAAUUUCUUAAUUUUGCUCUUGCUGAGCUUGUAACAUUGACCUGUAUUGAGUCUGUACUGUAUGUAGAUUUGUUCAUGAGAUGCCGUGCAGCUUCAGCACCUCCAGUGUGGACAGCGACACGCUUCCAGUGUGAAUACAGUGUGAUUCUGGAGUGAGUUUUGCCAGUUUUACUUGAACUGCUCUGGCUGUUUUGUUCGCUGAACAUUAUUAACUG